CGUCUCCUUUCUCUCUCCCGACCCUUUCUCUCUCUCUCUCUCUCUCUCUCCUCCUCCAUUUGCCCUUUUUCCCCUCAUGGUAUAGGAGUCCCCUCUCCUUACGCAGUAGUAAUUGGUGGUGGCGGCGCCCAUGGCGAGGGGGAUCGAGCUCCGGGGAUCUUCGUGUAGCGCCGUGGCUCUUCUGGGAGUAGCUCUUCUUCUCGCGCUUCCGAUCUCGGUCUUGGGGGGGGACAUCGUCCACGAGGACGAUCAGGCACCCAAGAUCCCCGGAUGCUCCAACAACUUUGUCCUAGUAAAAGUGCAAACGUGGGUUAACGGCACUGAGGACAGUGAGUUUGUAGGUGUCGGUGCUCGGUUCGGUCCUACAAUAGUCUCGAAAGAGAAGCACGCUAACCGGACUCGGCUUUCUCUAGCCGACCCUUCUGCUUCCUGUGCUCCGCCUGAGAAUAAGGUUGCUGGUGAUGUGCUGUUAGUGCACAGAGGAAAAUGCAAGUUCACUGCAAAGGCAAGGGUUGCAGAAGCUGCUGGUGCUUCUGCUAUUCUUAUUAUAAACAGUAGAAGGGAGCUGUACAAGAUGGUCUGUGAUCACAAUGAGACAGAUUUAGAUAUAAAAAUACCUACUGUUUUGCUGCCAAAAGAUGCCGGUGUCAGCCUAGAGAAAAUUCUUAAUCGUGGUGACUCAGUUGCUGUGCAGUUAUAUUCCCCAGCUCGUCCGGUGGUUGAUACAGCGGAGGUGUUUCUGUGGCUUAUGGCGGUUGGUACCAUCCUCUGUGCAUCAUAUUGGUCAGCGUGGAGCGAUAGAGAAGCAACCAUUGAACAGGAGAAGUUAUUGAAGGAUGGCCAGGAUGAUGCAUUGAACUUGGCAGCUGCAGGCACCACUGGUAUUGUUGACAUCAACACAACAUCAGCAGUAUUGUUUGUUGUGAUUGCAUCAUUCUUCCUGAUCCUACUCUACAAACUUAUGUCAUUUUGGUUUGUGGAGCUUUUGGUGGUUCUGUUUUGUAUUGGAGGAGUAGAGGGCCUGCAAACAUGUCUGGUGGCUUUGUUAUCACGAUGGUUUAGGCGUGCUUCGGAAUCUUUUGUCAAAGUACCCUUCUUUGGGGCUGUUUCAUACCUCACUUUGGCUGUAUUCCCUUUCUGCAUCACAUUUGCUGUCAUAUGGGCUGUUUAUCGGCGCGUAUCUUUCGCCUGGAUUGGCCAAGAUAUUCUGGGUAUUGCAUUAAUAAUAACAGUCCUACAAAUCGUCCGGGUACCUAAUCUCAAGGUGGGUACUGUGCUUCUCAGCUGUGCCUUCUUGUAUGACAUCUUUUGGGUUUUCGUUUCAAAGAGUUGGUUUCAUGAAAGCGUGAUGAUUGUCGUUGCACGUGGUGACAAGACUGGGGAAGAUGGUGUGCCAAUGUUACUUAAAAUUCCACGAAUGUUUGAUCCAUGGGGCGGAUACAGCAUCAUAGGUUUUGGUGACAUCCUUCUACCCGGUCUGCUAAUUGCCUUCGCAUUAAGGUAUGAUUGGGCUGCUAAGAAAAACUUGCGAGCUGGCUAUUUCUUGUGGUCAAUGGUGGCUUAUGGUUCCGGUCUUCUUAUUACUUACGUGGCUUUGAAUCUUAUGGACGGGCAUGGUCAACCGGCUCUUCUUUACAUUGUACCUUUCACAUUAGGCACCUUUUUAGCACUGGGGAGAAAGAGGGGUGAACUAGGGAAUCUAUGGACAAAAGGAGAACCAGAUAGAGUGUGUACCCAUCAUAUCCAAUCUCCACAAUAGGAGGCUAUCGUUUCUCUGAGUAGUGUAUAAAUGUAUUGAUGUACCCAUAUGUAAUAGUAGUUGUUAAAAUACUUGGCCUUUGCUUGACCUAGCUAUAUGUAGGUUAAAGAGGUAACCGAGCUAUUAUUGCCUUCUCUGUUUGGUGAAAUUAGUUGGUUACUUUGACGUCGAUACUUCCGCAUUGACUGUCACACCAUAUGCUUACUAAUUUGGGGGUAUCAUCACCUUGUAAGUUGUAACCAUGAACUUUUCAAUUGCUCUAUGUUUUCUUCUCCUUCUUCUUCA